AUGUAUUUUACAGUUCCUAAUCACACGCGUCAUUUGAUAGCAUUCACUGCAGAUUCAUGUGAUUCGGUGCUCCAAUGUUCGCAGCGGUCAAACGCCUCCCUGCCUGACCUUCUUCACUUCGUCAAGGACAUCACCGAGAGGUCAAAAGUUACCGAUAUCACCAUGGUGGUUGGAUUAAUCUAUGUCCACAGGCUGAAGAAGACGUUGCCUCCCGAAGCACGUGGCGAUUCCGACACUCCAUACAAAAUCUUUCUAUCUUCCAUCCUGGUAGCGAGCAAAUACUUGAGCGAUCACUCGUUGCAAAAUAAAACUAUAGCGGACAUCACCAAUGGCCUUUACACGAUCAAGGACGUGAAUACCAUGGAGCGAAGUUUUCUGGGAUUAUUGAAAUACGAUCUUUGGGUGGAUUACAAUGAGAUAAAGAAGUUCGCUGACGAACAUCAGAACCUGGCUGUCAACGUUAACGGCGAAGAAGAUGAUUAG